AUGUCUUCCCCUUCUUCUUCUUUCCAUGCAGAUGAUGCAUCAGAUGUAUACGCUUAUAUUGCAGAAGACUUCUCUUGUAAACAACCAGAGAUAGCAGAUUACCUAACAUCUUUAGAUGACAACUUGCCAUAUAUGAAAAGCCCUGAAAUGUUUAUCAUGAAGGAAGAGGGCCAGUACGUUCUGAAUGAAGAUGUGUGCUCGAUUCUAGCCAAUGUGCACUGUUUCAGUCAGGUGAUUGGCAUUGUGGGCAAAAUGAGAUUAGGCAAGUCCUACAUUAUGUCAAAAUUCUUUGAUGAAGAUGAUGGAUUCAAAGUUGCACACACAACAGAUCCAGAAACAAAAGGUGUCUGGGUCUGGUUCCGUCCGCAUCCAACGAAAAAGGGAGUACUGCUUAUACUUCUGGAUACAGAAGGUCUUCACAGUGGUGAACAAAGUUGGAAAGAAGACAGUGAUAUUUUUCUAAUUGCCAUGUUACUUUCCAGCACUCUGAUUUACAAUACCGCCAAGGUCAUUGACAGUUCAAAUGUGGCUGAUUUAGAUCAUAUUACACAGCUAGCACAACGAGUGAGAACAACACAGCAAAGUGGACAAGCAGCCGAAACUCUGCUGGACUAUCUCCCAGACUACCUAUGUUUCUUAAUACGUGAUGAUCAGCUACAACAACAAGGAUCUGACAAUGAUCUACUAUGUAAGAUCCUCCCUAACUCAGUGAAAGACUAUUUUAAUCACUGGAUUAUCUUGAAAUUACCAUAUCCAGUGAGUUUGCUGACGUCAAGUGAAAUUAAGGAUGGUUUUCAAGAAAAAGUACGAUCUACGGUGACAAAAAUUCGUGAUGACUUGGGAACAAUAAAAACAUUAGGCAGGAAUGAUAUAUACUGCAGUCCAUCUGGUCUUGUUCACUUUGCACGGGCACUAACUACAUUUCUGAAUAAAGAUGAUGUUGUUGAUUUGUCAAUGGCAGUCAAAUGUAUGAAGGAAGCAGAAAUUGAAUAUCCCCAUAAAGAAGCACUACGUGUCUUCAUUCAAUCCAUGGAGAGUGUGCAACAAUAUAUGCCACUUGAAGAAGAGGAGCUUUUGGAACGUUACACUGCUUUUUCUUAUCAAGCAUUCCGAGUGUUUUCUCACCAUGCUUGUUGGCUGAAAGACAGAGAUGAGAGCAACAUGAUGCUUCAGCAAUUACUGGACGAUUGUGAGGCAAAAUCAAAAGUUUUCUAUGAAAUAAAUAAGAAAAUAUCAACAGAAAAAAGCAAAAAGGAAUUUAAGCAUUUAUAUGAGAAAAUGUUGGAACCACUUUCCCAGUUCUGUUCCCAAGAUGGAUGGAAAAUGUUUCAAAGUAAAUGUAGUCUUCUAGAAGCAGAAUAUAAAAAUGUAAAAGGUCUGGGCCCAGAAAAAGAUGUCGUCUUUAAUGAUGAGAUGGAUAAAGUUAAACAAAGUAUGAGUUGCACUCUACAGCUUGAUUUCCUGUUAGUAAUGAAGCAAUCUAUAGUACGCCAUAAUACUGAUAUGGAACAUGACAUAAAUUCUGAAAAAAUAAAGAAGCAAAAAGAAAAAUUCCUAGAGCGUAUUAAAUAUAUAGGCAACAAGAAAAAUCGGGAUGCUAGACAAAUACUUAGCAACAGACAAGAUGAAGCUAAUAGGAAAAAGGAACAUAUUUAUGUGGAUGAGAUAACAAAGCUGAAGAUACUGGUAAAAGAGUUGGACACUGUAAAGGAGCAGAACAAGCAAAUGAAAAUGGAGCGCGAUCUGUUGAAAAAAACAAUAGAUAAGUAUAUAGAAGACCUGAAUCAUCUCAGUGAGAAAAUAAAGACCACCCCGGCAAGCAAUCGAAAGAAUCAAUGCAUAUUCAACUAAUGCUUCCAGCUGCUUUUUUUAUUGAGAAUGACAGAUUCAGAAAAAAUUUGAAAACAUUUUCUGGGCUGUUUGUAUAGUGUUGGAUUGCACAUCGGUUUAAAUAUAAUGUAAUGUAGACAACUGAUAUUCUUUAAAUAUAACAUUCUUCUUACUCUAUGAGAUUAUUUCUAAUUCACUUAUUCAACAGCAGCUUUGCAAAGUAUGUUGCUCAUUUUAGAUAACUAUCUCUGUAUCAUGGUACUGCAAAAAAAGGAACCAAAUUUGACUUCUACUAAAUUCAUGCCAGAGAUAAAAUCAUUUGGAGUAUGUGCCCAUCUCAUUCCAUGUAAAUUUGAAAUGAGAUCAGAUUCACCUUCAAUCCUUUUUGUAUUGCUGCUGAACUACUUCUCAUAUGAACAAAAGGAUGUUGCAUAAUCUUGUUUUAAAACAAAUCUUUCAUUGAACCUCAUCAUACAUUUCCUAACACCAGAGUUUCUCUUCACAACAGACUCUCUUCUAAAUAGCUGACUGCUUUGUGAAAUCCCUCAAUAUAUCAUCUUCCAGAAUUCAUACUUUUACCUUCUUCCACCAUUUGUGUGCUGCCAUUUCCUUUAUCUUAUCACACCAAGCAUUUCCUGAUUAACUUUAUAAUGAUUAAAACGUCUUUUAUUUUGAAAUCACUUUAUUCAGGGAAUCUUCUCACACAUUUCUAAUGCCUCAAUCUAAUUCAAUACUAGAUGUAAGGCGUUCCUAUUAUUUAAGUCUCUUAUGACCAUGUUAGACUUCUAGAUAAUAUUACAGUCAUUACUAGUCCAAUGCAUUGAUAAUAAAUAGCAUUAUCAUGAGUUCAAGUUGACAGUCCUUUGAGAUAGUGCAAGUUAAGCUGCAUAGUUACUUAUACAUUUAUGCACUCUUUGAGUUUUAAGCAGUGUAUAGAUAUUUUGCCCAAUUGUGCUAUUUUGUGUUUAGAAAAUGCCUAUUAUGUGAACAUUUCUGUACUUAAGUGAUUUAUACACUCCUUUAUGCUAGGCAGUAUGUAAGAAAGCAUAUAUAUGGAAUUACAUUAAUAAAAUUGGACAGCUGACUCUGAGUUUGCAAUA